AUGAAGUCGCACUCCUUGGCGGCGGUGGCCUUGGCUGCCCUGCCCCGAGUGUGGGCCAUCACGCCCGAAGGAAUGCUGGCGGCGAACCGGUAUAGCGACGCGCUGCCGAACCCCUCUGGUGAAUUCGCCCUGUUCUCCGUGUCCAACUACUCCUUCGAGACCAAGGAGCACGCCGCGUGGUGGAACAAGCUCGACCUCGCCACCGGGGACAUCACCGAGUGGGGCAGCCCCGACAUCUCAGAGGUCGUCUUUGUUGGGCCGACAGACACGAGCAUCGUCUACGUCAAUGGCUCCAACGCCGAGGGCGACGGCGGCAUCAGCCUGUACUCGGCCGAUGCCAGCUCCGUCGAGAGCGCGAAGCUAAUCGCCUCCCUACCGGCCCCCUACUCCGGUAUCAAGGCCGCCCAGACUGCGUCGGGAGACAUCCACUUCUUGAUGUACACCAAGGCGUACCCCAAUGGCACUGCCUACAACGAGGCUCUCGCGACCGUACCUGCUAGCACUGCUAGGAUUUACGACUCGACUUAUGUCCGCCACUGGGAUACCUGGUUGACACCCGAGAAGAACGCCGUCUUUGGCGGAGUGCUCAAGGGGGGCAACGGCACUUACGUCCUGUCCGGCGAACUCACCAACUAUGUCACUGGUAUCUGCAACGUCACCUGCGCCGAAAGCCCGUACGAUCAGAGUGACCAGACCGACUAUGACAUCUCGCCCGACGGCAGCAGUCUUGUCUUCCUGACGAAGGACACCUCUCUCCCGCUGGCCAACUACACUGCCGACGUCAUCUACUAUGUCCCCUUCGACGGCACCGUAGAUGACGUCGUGCCCAUCAAUGCGCGUGGCAGCACUGCCUACCCCGAGGCACAGGGUGCUUGCACGAGCCCCAAGUUCUCUCCCAGCGGAGAGCACAUUGCGUACUUCCAGAUGAACGGAAUCGCAUACGAAUCCGACCGUGAUAUUGUGUACAUUGCCAGUCCCAACGCGGAUGACUUCAAUGUCACAGCUCUGGCACUCAACUGGGACAGAUCGCCUGACUCCAUGGCAUGGGCUCCGGACUCGGAGACCAUCUUCGUCUCAGCUCCCGACUUGGGCCGCGAGCGCAUCUUCCCUCUCCCGCUCACCGCCGGCGACUCGUACGUGCCGACUAACAUCACGGACGAGGGGGUUCCCGCGGGCUUCUACGCCCUACCCGACGGCUCGCUGCUCGUGUCCGACUCCAAGAUCUGGACCAGCCGCGACAUCUACGCCGUGACGCCCUCGGGCGAGGUCACAAAGACCUACUUCCAGGCCAACCUCGUGGAUCCGGCUCUCGCGGGCCUCAGCGCCGCCGACGUGUCCGAGUUCUACUUCGCGACCAACUCGACCGAGCAGGAGCUGCAGUCGUGGAUCAUCUACCCCGAAGGCUUCGACGAGACCAAGGCGUACCCGCUGGCCUUCAUCUCGCACGGCGGGCCGCAGGGCGCGCACUUCAACUCGUGGAGCACGCGCUGGAACUUCAAGGUCUGGGCCGACCAGGGCUACGUCGUCAUCGCGCCCAACCCGACCGCCAGCUCCGGCUGGGGCCAGAACCUGACCGACUCCAUCGCCGGGCGCUGGGGCAGCUACCCGUACUGGGACCUGGUGCACGCGUGGCAGUACGUCAACAGCACGCUGCCGUACGUCGACACGGCGAACGGCAUUGAGGCCGGUGCGUCGUAUGGCGGGUACAUGACCAACUGGAUCCAAGGCCACGAAAUGGGCCGGUGGUUUAAAGCGCUGGUGACACACGACGGAAGCACGUCGACGCUAGACCAGUACGCGAGCGAGGAGCUAUGGUUCAUGAACCACGACUUCCGGGGUCCCUUCAACCACACGGGUCUCGCCCCGGGUUCGCCGUACUACGACUGGAACCCGCUGCUGUUCGUGGACGAGUGGGCGACGCCGCACUUCGUCGUGCACAACGAGAAGGACUUCCGCCUGCCCAUCAGCGAGGGCAUCCUGCUGUUCAACCUGCUGCAGACCCACGGCGUGCCUAGUCGUUUGUUGAGCUUUCCGGAUGAGAACCAUUGGGUUUUGAACGCGGAGAAUAGUAUGGUGUGGCAUACGGAGAUCUUUAACUGGAUUAAUCAUUAUAGUGGCAUCAGCGACGCUGCGGCUCCUUAUUAG